AUGCCUUCACUCGUUUCCAAGGCCGCUGUCGCCUUUCUCCUUUUCACCCUCUUUUCAAUUGUGUUGGCCCAAGAUGGUUAUAUAGGAUACCACUUGGAGCAGCGCGGAGACCCCGAGUCCACGACGUAUGAGACAGAAAACACAGUUGGUGGCGUUGUGCUCCCAGCGGACCCCGAUGUCUACCUGAACGCCAAUGUGUCUGUCGGCGAGAUCGACAUCGAGGUCGACAACAUCACGGCCAAGAUCAACCUCGAUGCCAAGGUGCUCAGUCUGCUGCACUUCACCGCUGGCGUUGACCUCUCCAUCGACCGUGUCAAGCUGAGCAUCCAAAAUGUCACCGCCAAGGUGCACCUCGAAGCGCGACUCGGGAAUGUAGUGGCCAUGAUUGACGACGUUCUAAGCUCUGUCGACCUUAACCCCAUCAUUGCGACGCUCUCGAGUGAUGUGGGCAGCAUCGUCGGUAACGUCACAGACGAGCUCGGAAGUGCCGAUUCGACGUCAACGACCACGAAGCGAUCGGUAGACUUGCUUGAUUACAACGUCCAACACAACAUUCUCUAUUCCAUCAACGACUACUCGGGCCAGACUCACACCAACCGUAUUCUGGGCCAGAAUGGCACGAUCUACGACAAGUUCAUCAAUAACGAUGGCGACGAGACGGGCCGCAGGAAUGUCGGCUACUAUAGCCGCGAUAUGAGCUUUACCGGCCACAACAGGACAAUUACAAUUGACGGAAUGACCGAGUAUGAGAUGGGUUACAUGUACGCUCCAUACGCCGGACUCGAGGUCUACUCGCAUAUCUUCAUGACCGAGUCGGGUCUCAUUGUGAAGACAAAGAUUGUCUCCGAGGCGGAAGGGGGAGGCACCAGCACCAUCAGUGAUGACGCUGAUCAAUGA